AAGCAAAUGAGGUGCAUUAAGUCAUUUAAAUAAAUCACUAUAAAAUGGAUCAAGUGUCAAAAUCAUUCGUCAUAUCAAACUAGUCAUAGCUCAGAUCAAGAUAUUAACAAUUAAAGAAAGCCAAAUUUCUAAGAAGCUUAAUCACUUUUCAAAGAAAUGGGAAAGAUUACAAUUUUAUUCAUCAUCGUCUCAUCAUAUCUUUUCAUCGCAAAUUCAGCAACAUUUAACGGAUAUUGCGAACCAAUUGUGAACGAAAAAGUUUGCAUUGACAAAACAUUUUUUGAGAAUCUAACAUCACCAAAAUCAUUUCAAGUAAUUGCACAUUUGAAGUUUAGUAAUGUUCAAGGAGCUACUAUGUUUCAUACAUACUUAAAGAAGAACCUUAUCGCAACAAUAUCAAAUGAAGGAGGAAUUCUAUUUUCAAUAAAUUGCUUCAAAAUUCCAGCUGACAUAAAGUUCCAAAAGCAUUUAAAUUUUCAAUUAAAGAUCAAAGCUUGUAACACUUUAGAUGCUGACUUGAAGGACGCAAACAAUAUCAAUCAUGAAUUGUAUAACUACACAAAUAAAAGUCCUUUAAUAACAUCAAUCUACAAAACAGAUAAUUACUUUACAAUUUGGGGAUGUAACACAAUUGCGCCACAUUUAACUGAUCGAGCAGCUUGGAUAUUGUUGGACAAUGAUGGGCAAAUUGAGUAUGAUACGAAAAAGCUCAGAGUCUAUCUUAAUGAUUUGUUACGAAAAAUUAAACCACUUCUUAAAAAAAUUGGUUUAUCGCAACUUAAUGUUGACUCAUUCACGGUUUACAAUAUCACUAAUGAAUACUACUCAUGCUACGAUGAGUUGAACAAAAAAUCUGUCUUUCAAUAUGUUAUGAAUGAUUUCCCUCAGAAAAUGAGUGCAUUAAAUGUAUCAGACAAGACUAUUGACUUGAAAGACUCAACAAAGUUGAAGAUUACAGUCGCAUUACUGAUGCUAAUCGGACAUGUCUUAUUCAUGGUUGGAUUCUUUACGAUUGGAUAUCAGAUCGUUAUUAGAUGUUUCAAAGAAUAAGUUGGAAUCUGAGACAAUGAUAAGCAUUUAGACUUGAUCGGAGAAUUAAUCAAAUUUGUUGGAUAUGGAACAACCAAAAAGACAAACUAAUUUGUAUUUUUUGUAAGAAAUUCGGCAACAUUUGAGUCUUAAUUUCUGAUUUUGCAGCUUUUAAG